UAGUUCACCGCCGUACGCCGAUGGUGCUGCAUCGGUUUAACCAAAACAUCCUUGUAUCCACGUGACCGCACCGUUUUAGCUAACACGAGAUACACGAUUUAUCAAUUGAACAAAUGUUUAUUGUCGCUGAAUAUCUUCCCUCAAUGAUAAAUCACGUAUAUCUAUUAAAAUAACCGGGAAACCGAGGUUUUUCGACAAGUUUCAUUUUCAAUCAGUAUUUCAUAAACCAUAUGUCUCGGAGGUGCUUGAAAGGAUUUAAAUUCCCGGCAAAUAAAAUCAUUGGAUUUAAACUCAUGAUUUGAAAGUAAAUUUGUCCUUAUGAAGCAAACGGUCGACAAUAAAUUUCAUCAAUUACCGCUUCGAUCAUUUAUACAAUUAUUUAGACGUACGUACGUGUAUGUGUGAGCCCAUAAGUUUAACGUAUUCAUCAGUUGCCGCGAGAUUUCACGCUGCAGUGUCUGCCAAAAAAGAAAACAAAUCGGAAGAAACUUUUGGCAGGAAAAAGUUGGGGUUUUUCUUUGAACUAUUCAUCAAUAAUUCGCUCGACCAAACUAGUUCAAUAUUAUAGUUUCGUGGCGGGAAUACCAAUCGUUACUUCAUUAACCGCAUCGCGAGAGUGCCAUAUUAAAUCCCCAAACUAUUCUACGAAUAUCCGAAUUUGCAGAGUUCGUUCACCGGUGGGUGUUCGACUAGAGGCAAAACGAACGAAAAAAAAAAAAAAAAAAACAUUAGGCCUCGCUCCCGUAAGGGCAUCGUGAAUGAUGAACCCGUGAUUUAUGAUUUCCACUUUUCUACUACGUCAAUAUUAUUAUAUGUUUUCUAGAAAACAAGUUUUGUGUGAACGAAAUAUCUCUCGAGCGUGAAUAGUGUUACAAGGUACAUGGAACGCGAAUCGUUGAAGGAUCGUUGAAAUUUGAAACUCGGAAAAUAACAAAAAGAAUACUCCACGACGCCAUCAUGACGGAGAGCGGAUUAACUAUAAGCGAGGCCAUGACGAAAAACAAACAUCGAAAUUGGAGACGUUGGAUCGGGGGUGUGCUGGUCGGAAUAGUCGUACUUGGUCUGAUAAUAGCGGCUAUUAUUCUACUUAGUGGUAGGCCGGCCAAUUCAACGGGGGCUCGAACAAGCGGACCAUCCGGUGCUGCCGUCACCUUCGAUGAGUGGCUCUGGGGUUCUUUCUUACCUAAAAGCUUCAAUGGCACUUGGAUCAGCGAUGACGAGAUACUCUAUCGCGAUGAUAUUGGAAACUUGAUAAUAUUCAACGUGAGCUCGUCUUCACCCAAGUACAUCCUCAAUGCUACAAACGCGGCUUUGGUCCGCAGCUUCGAUCAUCAAAUCUCAGCAGAUCGAAAAUACCUGCUGUUCGCAUCGAACUAUCAGAAAUAUUUCCGAUAUACUUACCUGGCCCAGUACACGAUCGUCAAUUUGGAAACUCUUGCUGAAACUUUGUUGACGGUGGGAAACUCGACGAAUCUGCAACUAGCAACAUGGGCACCACAAGGCAACGGUCUAGUUUACGUCAGUCAAAAUAAUAUAUUUUAUCGCCCAGAGCCGGAAAUAAACAAUGAUUACCAAAUAACGUCGACUGGAAUUUUCGGAAGUAUUUACAACGGUGUACCCGAUUGGGUAUACGAGGAGGAGGUAUUAAGCUCCAACAAGGCAAUGUGGUUUUCGCCGGAUGGCAAAAAAUUGGCAUUCGCAUAUUUCGACGAUUCAAACACACCUAUAAUGAAUAUACCAUUCUACGGCUAUCCCGGAAGCUUAUCUUUUCAGUAUACCUCGGCGAUACCGAUUCAUUAUCCCAAGCCAGGAACGGUUAAUCCGAGCGUUAAACUUUACUACGUCGAUCUUGAAGCAGCUGCAAGAGACAAUGUGACGCUCCAUGAGAUCAAACAUCCAGCGGAGCUUUCUUACACAGAGAGAAUUUUAGCCUCCGUUGCAUUUCCAACUGACAAUAUUAUAGCGUCGACGUGGAUGAACAGAGUUCAAAGCAAAGCUUACUUCAGUUUUUACAAUCUGGAAGCUUCCAACGACAAGACGGCCUUAGCGUACGAAGAAUCAAAUGGUUGGGUCGAGCAAUUCGAAUCGCCUCACUUCAGCAACGAUGGAACAGCUUUUCUUUUGAUCCUGCCUCAAGAGCAAUCGGACAAUACGAGUUGGAGGCAUUUAGUAAUUGUCAACAAUACAAUCAGCGAAAAGCCAACCGUCACAGCUUUGACCAGUGGAACAUUUGUUGUUACGGAAAUAGUAUCUUGGGACCAAAAAAAUUCUUUGAUAUAUUAUCUGGCAACAACUGAAAGCGAUUCGGGGCAACAGCACUUGUAUCGUUUGUCUACGAUAUACAAAAAGACCGAAUGUUUGAGUUGUAACGUCAAGAACGAGGAUACCGACUCGAAUUGUUUGUACAACACAGCAACGUUUUCAACAAACAAUGGUUACUACAUUUUGACCUGCGCCGGUCCAGCAGUUCCUACGAAUUAUAUAUUCGACAACAAGAACGCCAAGAAGAUUUUUAUAUGGGAGGACAAUAAGGCUGUGGUCGAUUUAAUGGCCACUAAAGCAAAACCUCUCGUGAAAAGAACGAGCGUCCCCUUACCUGGCGGUUUCGAGGCCCAAACUCGAAUGAUCAUACCAUCCGAUGCUGAUCUGACAGGAUUUAAAAAAUAUCCGAUGGUGGUUUAUGUAUACGGGGGUCCCGAUACGUACCAAGUUACCGAAAAGUUCAACGUCGACUGGGGAACUUAUCUGGUUACCCACAAGAACAUUAUUUAUGCGGCAAUAGACGGUAGAGGUUCUGGCUUGAAGGGCAACGCUAUGCUAUUCGCGGGCUAUAGAAACUUGGGAACCGUUGAGAUUUUCGAUCAAAUCAACGUAACGAGACACUUGCAAAACGAAUUUCCUUUUAUCGACCGCCAAAGAACUGCCAUUUGGGGUUGGAGUUACGGUGGAUAUGCAGCCGGAAUGAGUCUCGCGAUGGAUCUUGACGGCGUAUUCAAAUGUGGAAUGUCUGUCGCACCCGUCACCGACUGGGCACUUUACGAUUCAAUUUACACAGAACGAUUUAUGGGGUUACCGACCGUCACCGAUAAUAUCGGUGGUUACGAGCAAGCUCGGCUACUCAACAAAGCUCAAAACAUUAAAUCAAACAGUUAUUAUUUGAUUCAUGGAACUUUGGACGAUAAUGUUCAUUAUCAGCAGUCUCUUAUGUUAGCGAAGGUGCUGGAGCAGAAAGAUAUAUUAUUCAGGCAACAGACCUAUACCGACGAGGACCAUGGAAUAGCCCAGUAUCGCUCGCAUUUGUAUCAUUCGCUGGAAAACUUUCUCGACGGUUGUUUCGAUCUCUGAUAAUUUGGAAAAUUUAUUCAAGAAAAACGAAAACUGAUAAAAAAAUCUCCCACCAAACGAGUCAAUCAUUGCAUACUCAUGAAGGUUUUUUAGUACAAUAUGAUAUGACUUGAAUGUAAAUAUCUUUCACUCUGUACAUAUGUUAUGUACAAUAUGUAAUUAGAUUAUUCGUGUACAUAUUAUGAUCACUAUUACUAUUACUAUACUUAUAUGAAUUCAUUGAAAAUAUCACUGAUACUCUUUUACUGCUAAGUGUAAUAAGAUUUUAUUCGUUUUACAAAUCAUAAGCAAAUCAAAAAGUUCCUUGUGUUUUAUCCAAGCACAAAACAAUGUUUGUUCUUACUGUUGUCAAGCUGUUUUAAUUCAACAAGUACUUAUUGGCGUAUCAUUGACUUUUGUGGUUUGUGACAAUUUUAAGCACUUCUCUCAAUUUUCAAUUUAAUCACCACAGCCAAUUUUCAAAGAUUUACCAUUUGUAUAUUCUAUUUUAUUUUGCCUUUGUACAUUUGUUGAAUAAAAUCCUACUUUUGUA